GUAAUUCGACCACGGAACGUAAGCAAGGAGGCAAUCCAUUUAAACACACCGGAAAUACCAGUUUCUCCGCCGUCGCCUGACCUUUCACAUUUGACACCGGAUGAGAUCAACGUUAUCAAUGAAGUUAUUCGAAGGCAAGAAGAGUUUGAGCGACAGGAAGCAGAUAGGGUCAAGAAACUCCGAGAAGAACUGGACAGUCUUCAGCAAGAGCUGACGCACACAUCUGAGGUUCGAAAUGUGAACAACAAGUUGGUAGACCUUCGUUUGUGUAGACUCUGCUUCAAAACCAAGUUCGCAGACGGCGUAGGCAGAGUCUGUCAUGACUGCCAACAGCGAGUUUGCCAGGGAUGUGGUGCCUUUUCCAAGCCAAGGUGGAAUGCCAGGAAGAACAAAACAGUUCGAGGACGAUGGAGAUGCAAGUUGUGUAUAGCACGGAGGGAAGUCCUCUGUCGGACUGGGGGAUGGUAUCACUGCACGCCGGACCCCACGGAGGAACUGAAGAAGAAGCUGUCGGUGGUUGCCGACCCUGGCAUAGAAACGGGCACCAGACAAAGGAUUCGCCCUAGUGGGAUCAUGAGAAGAGUGGACAGCGAAUGCAACCCUUCUGGGAAUCGCACUGAUUCGGAACUAGUGUGGAUUGUUGACCAUAAGCUUCCUCGAAAAAUGUUGCUGAAGAAGUUCACUCGUCGACGAUCUUUACCCACUGAUGCCCAAGGAAAAGAGGAGAAGAUAGAAGAACAGUCAAGUUUUGAGACUGGAGAUGUUGAUGAGGACGAAGAUGACGACAGAGAUGGAAAACAAAGCUUGAAUAAUUUAAUUCUUGAGAGACGUUUGUCACGAAGGAAACGGCAAGAAAAACGGCAGCGAAGAAAAAUGAGAGAAGGUCAAGAAACAAUAAGUUCCGAGUCUCUAGGAGAACGCAGUCGGUCCCUGUCAGGAGAGGAACCAAUCGCUGCGACUGUGGUGGAGAUGGGUGGACUGCGUGGGCGUGGCUUGAGGCGGGACAGCGUGACCAGAUCACUCUGGGGCCCUAGCAGUUCUCUUAACUCAUGUGUACGGAAGCCUCCAGUGAUUCAAGAAAACACUGUGGACACCUCUGAAAGUACUGACACAGAAAGCAGCAUCUUUUCUUCCUUUCGGGACAGCAGCAUGUCAGAUGACUUUCCCGUCUCACCAUCUUAUACUCUCUCAUCCUCCUUGAAAAUUGUCCGUCAAGAUGCAGUCAGUCUUCACAGUAGCUGUGUCAGUGUCUCUUCCACAAGUGAAAGCAGAUUAAGCGAGAAGUCCAAAUCAUUCUUGAGCUCGUCUCAACUGGUCAUUGACAAAUCAAAUGAAUCACCUAGGACACAUUCACCCAUGGCAAAAAGUGAAGAUAAGCACUCGCCACAAUCUACAGGAGAAAAGUCUCUUCACAAGUGGAUCCAGAGUGGUUUCCCUUACGCCUGCCUUAUUUCAUUCAACACUCAGUCAAAAGAAAAUCAGUCUGGCCUGAAGGUGAUUGGGGGUGUGGAGGCAAAUAACGCAGUCACCAGAGCAGUGGUAUCUAGUGUGUCACCAGACUUGAGGGGUAGAAUCAAUGUUGGUCAAGAAGUUCUAGAAUGGAAUGGUCAGAUUUUGCGUGGGCAGACAUUUGACUUUGUGACUGCUGUAACUUCCCUUGUUCACCAUCAGACAGUACUGAUUGUGAAUCCUGUCACAGACGG